AUGGCCCUCGGAAUCAUCCUCGCCAACGUCGUCCCCUCCACCGGACCCGCCCUCCAACGCGGAACAUUCUUCGACGUCAGCGUGCCCAUCGCCAUCGGUCUGCUCGUCAUGAUGUAUCCCAUCCUUUGCAAAGUGCGAUUCGAGACUUUACAUCUUCUCUUCAAGUCGCGGGAGAUCUGGAAGCAGAUUGCGAUUUCAUUCGUGUUGAACUGGAUUCUUGCGCCGUUGUUCAUGACGGGAUUGGCAUGGGCUUUCCUGCCUGAUCGGACAGAGUUGAGGAAUGGACUUAUUUUCGUGGGAGUGGCGAGAUGUAUUGCCAUGGUUCUCAUCUGGACGGACUUAGCGGGAGGAGAUGGCGACUAUUGUGCUGUUCUCGUGGCGUUCAACAGUCUGCUGCAGAUCGUGCUGUUCGCGCCUAUGGCCAUCUUCUACGUUCGGGUGGUGUCCAGGGAUCGAAGUGCGGCUGUGGACGAUGAUCUGUACUCGAAAGCUGCAACGUCCGUUGCAGUAUUUUUGGGUAUUCCGCUCGCAGCUGCGGUGUUGACACGAUUGAUUCUCCGACGACUGAUGGGAGAGCACAACUACCAGUUUUAUUUCAUCCGGUUCAUUGCGCCGUGGUCGCUGAUAGGAUUGCUGUACACCAUCGUCGUGCUCUUCGGCUCGCAGGGCUUGCAAGUCGUGACUCAGAUCACGAGUGUCUUGAGAGUUUGCGCACCACUCGUCGUCUACUUCCUGGUCGUGUUUACGUUUACGGCCUACAUGAUGUGGAAGUUCGGGUUUGGCUACAAGGUCAGCUGCGUACAAUCUUUCACUGCCGCAAGCAACAACUUCGAACUUGCAAUCGCGGUAGUGGUUGCGGUGUAUGGCGCCGGAAGUCAAGAGGCCCUCGCGGCGACUGUCGGUCCGUUGAUCGAGGUGCCGGUACUAAUAGCGCUGGUAUAUGUCAUCAAAGCGUGUAAAAAGCGUUGGGGCUGGGAAGGAUGA